GGUUGAAAACACAAUCACCAAGAACAGCAUCAACACAGAGCAGCAUCAACAUAGAACAGCAUCAACAUAGAACAGCAUCAACACAGAGCAGCAUCAACAUAGAACAGCAUCAACAUAGAACAGCAUCAACACAGAGCUUCUCCAUCAUGUCCUCUUCAGAUUCUGAUGAGGAUGUUCACCAAUGUGGCAGGUGUAAGGAAGUGUUUAUUUCUUUGGAAAACUACUUUGCGCAUAAAAAAUCAAAAACGUGUCAGAAAAGUAAAGCCCCUAGAUUAUCAAAACCAGUGAUUCUUGAUAAUGAGGCUGAUCUGUCUGUCAAUAACCAGAAUGAGGCUGAUCCGUCUGUCAAUAACCAGAAUGAGGCUGAUGUUCCACCAUUUGACUGUGCUGACUCUAAUCUGCAGGAUGACACUAUUACUGAAAUGGAACCAGAUUGUGACAUACAGGAGAACACUGAUGCUGAAAUCAUAAUGACUACAGAGCAAACUAAUAAUAUCAAACAGCCUGAAAAUAAUAUUUUGACAUCAGCUCAAUGUGAUAAUGAUACGCUGCCAUCAUAUCAACAUGACAAUGAAAUUCUGACAUCAGAGGAACAUAAUGAUAACGGGUCAUCAGAUCAAGAUCACAACAAAAAUGUAACUAGAAGUCAACUUCGAUCGUUACCAAGAAAAUCAAAAAUCAUUGCAGAUUAUGCAAAACUAACCCGACGUGAAACCAAUUCUGACAGCGUUCCAAAUUCUGAUCAAAGUUCUGACAAGCACGUGCCAUUGAGAAAAAGAAAAUUAAAAGUUGAUUUUGACACAUCAUCUGAACAAGAAAAUAUUGUUGAAACAAACCCUGUGGAAGUUGCCAAAAAGUGUCUUAAACCUACCAACUAUGCAUGCAGUGAGUGUGAAUUUACAGCCCUCUAUAAAGAUGAAUACACAGCUCAUCUGUAUAAUGCACAUAAAAUCAGUGACAAAAAAUGUAACUUCUGUCACAAACCCUUCAGGUAUAAACAUAGAUUAAAGCAGCAUAUAAUUUCUCAGAAAUGCCAAAAAGGUAAACAACUUAAAAACACAGCCACCAAAUCACAACCAGAAACUCAAACUGAAAAAGAAAUUGAUGAAGUUCAUGUUCAUGUUAAUGAACAAUCAGAUGAUAAACAAGCACAUGAAAAUGAUCAUACAAUGAACAAUAUUGAAAAUACACCCCCGAAAACAAACAAAGUUGAAAUCAAACUUCACAGAUCAAACAAAAGCAAAAGUCAAAUGAUUUCCCAUGAGGAUGACUCUGAUAUGGAAGAUACUGAUAAUGAUGAAGAAGACACUGAUAUUCACAAAUCAAGGAUGUCAACGAGGAAAUCAGUCAAAAAGAAAACUACAAAGAAAUCCAAAGUCAUUAAGGAUAAGACAGUUGAUAAGAGAAAGAAGAACCAAACUGUGUCAUUCGCUUGUCCAAAUUGUUUAGAGUGUUUUGACAAUUAUAUUGAUGUUAAAACACACAUGGAGAAGCACCAUCCUGCCACCUAUUGUGGGAUCUGCAAACUAUGUGGAAAAUACUACCCAACAAAGUACAAAUUGUGGCGUCAUAUGACUUCAAACCUACAUAAAGGAUUGGUGUCAGAAAAUGAUAUAAUUGCAGCCAAGGCAGAGCUUGUGAGUGAACCGAUUGCUAGAAGGGGCAGACCUUCAAAGUCCAAUGAUAUGAAUUGUAAAGCAUGCAAAACAUCAUUCAAAACAAAACAUGAUUUCCAUGAACAUGUUCAACGUCACCAUAGUAACAGACUGAACACAAAAUGUGUAUUUUGUUUCCAAAUAUUUCCAACUGAUACUGUCCAUCAGACACAUAUGAUCUCAGUCCAUCAAAUUGACAAAGAUGAUUUCAAUGUAUUGAGGUGUUCAGUCUGUUGUAGAAUGUUUUCUCAUAAACAUCAUGUGGUGCGUCAUAAAUUGAAGGUGCAUAAACCACAAGUACCUCAUUCAAGUGAUCCAAAAAGCUAUGAUCCGUCUGCUGAGAUCCAAAUGGAGGCUGUAAUCCAAAAUGAGGCUAUGAACCAUAAUGAGUCUACUCUUCUUAAUGCAGUUAAAACCAAUGAUAAAUCGAAACAGCAAGUGAAAGAUUUAUCUUCAGUUAUGGCUCAUAAAUGCUUUUUGUGUUGUGAAUAUUUCCCAAAUAUUGAGAAAUUAAACAUUCACUUGGAGUACCAUAAAGUUUGGGUUCCAACAGAUGAUAAUCUUGUGAUUGACACAGUGUAUCAGUCAGUGCAUAACUCCAAAGAAAACUCAACUGAAGAUGAUGGAGGAAAUGGAGAUAACAAUGUCGAAGCAAGUGAUUCGUCCACUGAAAUCCAUAAAGAGAUGGAUGUAUCUGUUGACAAAGACAAUAAAACUGGCGAUGAUGAUGUCAUAGCUAAAUUGGGAUUAAAAGCCAAGGCAGGUGAUCCUUUUAAAACUGCAAAAAGUGUUGAUGAUGGACUGAAUAAUACCAACAAUAAAUCAACAGAAUUAGAUGCACAAGGAACAACUGAAAAAUCAAGUAAUGCUAAAUCAAAUGAUCAGUUUGUGAAGGACAUCACCGAAUAUAUUAACAACGAUAAAACCUUUGUGUGUCCAUAUUGCGCCAGACGAUUCACUGAUUGGGAAAACUUUAAACAACAUAAAAUUGUCAAUCAUAAACUCAAACCAGUGUUCAAAUGUAUAAAAGAGGAAUGUUUCCAGAUUUUUGAAACACUAGAUGAAUAUAAGGACCAUAGUACCGAACAUCCUCAAAGGGCGUUCAUCUGUAUUUCCUGCAACGAUCAUUUCAGCUCAUUGGAGUUCCUCAUGAUGCAUCGACUGAGCUUUCAUAUUCAAAGAACGGAUGGUUUCAAGUGUUACGGUUGUGGCGACAUCUUUGAAACAUCUGAGGAACGAAAAAUACAUCAAACUAAUGUAAAACAUGAAUUCCAAUGUAAGAAGUGUGAUCGUGCUUUCAAGACUGAGAUGAACCUGAAAUCACAUGAGUUAUCCCAUUCAAAUAUGAAGCAUUUUCUAUGCGAUGAAUGCGGGGCCGGUUUCACAAACAAACAUGCCCUAAAACGCCAUACAUUUACACAUUACCCGAUUGAGGAUUUCCCGUGUCCAACUUGCGGUAAAUUGUUCAAAAAGCGUGACCACAUGAAGCGCCACCUUAUGACAACACAUGUAAAUGUUAAACCAUUCAAAUGUACAAUAACCGGUUGCACAAGAGCAUACAAAAGAAAAGAUAAAUUAAAAGAACACAUGAAAACACAUUCAAACGAACCAUUGUUCAUUUGUCAAUUUUGCUCUCGGUCUUUCAAAUACAAGCAAGCGCUACAGUACCAUGAAAAAACACAUUCUAAGGAUCGACGACGGGAAUGUACGCAAUGUGACGCCCUCUUUUAUACUCUCUCUGACUUAAAAGAACAUUUCGUGAGAGACCAUAAUAUCAAAAUGAAGAGUCAGCAUCAUACGAAUGUCUGUCCAAAAUGUAAGUUAUCAUUCACAAGAGUGGAACGCCUGAACCGUCAUAUUGAGAAAGUUCACAAAGACCAUAAAGCUGUCGUUAUAUGGACUACAAAGUGUCACAUCUGCCGAAAAGGGUUCGCUGGUGAAAAGAGCUUAUCAACCCAUUUGGAAAAGAGACAUAACAUGCUAAAGUCAACUGAUGAAACUACUCGGAUGACAGAUGAUAUGAAAUCAAACGUGUAUGUGGUUAACAGACUCAAUACGUCUGAUAUCAUCAUUAAACAAAAUGAACAAACAACCGAAAAUCCAGUAACAUUGAAUGUACAACAAAUGCAUAAAGCUACGGAUCCUCAACAGUUUAAGGAACAAGCCAAAGAGACAUAUAAUGCUGGGACGAUACCUCCCUUACUUGUAUUGCAGUACGAACCAAAUUCCAAUCAGGAUGAUUACGUAAACAACAAUGAUACAGGCCCUCAAAUUAAACAUCAGUACUUAGAAAACAUCCAAAGCUAUCAGAGAGAAGAACAUAUUUCAAGGGAAUCAGAUAUGUCAAGAGAACCGAUUAUUCAAAAGGAAUCACAUUAUCCCAGAGAAGCGAUUGGAAAUGAUCCUAAAGUGAUAUACACCUCCACAGAACCAACUUAUACAAGAGAACCGAAUGCUCUACCUACUCUCCGAAGACAAUUAGAUCUACACGAUCCAAAUUAUUUUGUCGGAAUCGCCAAAAAUCAUGAACUCGAACGUAAGGAAGAAGCUAAUCUUCGACAUGAAGUUAAUCAAAAAAUGGAAAGUUCUACUCAUUUUCAGAGUAUCAAUGUGGAGCAUAAUGACCCUAUGAAUGUUCUCCAAACUCACCCAUUGAGUGUUCGAACCGUAACAUAUCCCCACGAGCCUACUACAGUUCAAGUACCAACCACUACUCUACCUUACUCUACUGUUCCAAAACAUAACACAACGACGACAGGGCUUUACACAACGAACACAGGGCUUUACACAACCAACACAGGGCUUUACACAAAUACACAAGGGCUUUACUCAACUAGUCCCGUGAAUCACACCACCAAUGCAAGGUUUUACGCCACUAAUCAAAGGCUUUAUUCAACUAGUUCAGAACUUUACACAACUAGCCCUGGGCUUUAUACAGUCCCUCAUUCAAUGAUCAAAACACAACAGAAAUCAAAUGAAAAUGCUUUCGUACCGAUUCUGCCGUUUGGUUCACCUGUAUCUGCCGCUCAUUCAGUCUCGGCGCCACAACUUACUCCCCACUCUCGGUUGUCCCAUGAAGCAAUUUAUGAUUAUCCUGGUAAUAGAAUUAUAAUACCCGAGGGGGAAAGCCAGGGAUCAGCCAUUUUGAAAUCGGUAGCUAUGCAACCUGUGAAUCACCAUAGUAACCCUGUGUUGUUACCAAAACCACCAUAUUUGCCACAAUUGGAUAUUGCAGAGCAUCACAAGAAUGAAGUUAACAACGAUGGCUCGUCUAGUGAGCCUAGCUCAUCUGAGCUAAGCUCAUCUAAUGAUCUUAGAUCAUCUUCUGCUUAUAUUCAAAAUUAUUACAUGAAUAAUCAAAAUUGACAAUUCCAAAAUACGUGGCUUUUGCAGAAGUUGAAAACACAUUGAUCAAUUUUGUGAAUCUACGCAGGUAGUAGACUACAUCUGAAUGGAUGAUAGGCCUUCCAGAUCAGCAAGUCAAGGAGAAUUGGCUCCCAGGAUCGAAACUCGAUAUUUUCCAAUAAUGAAAACGUCGAAAUGUCGUUAUUUUCUGAAAUUAGAACAGAGUAUGUAUGAAUACAAAAUAAACAGUUCAAACGAUUCGAACCAAUAUCUCGAUCAUUUCUUGUGAGUUUUGGAAUUUUUCGCUGGGAAAUAAGACCAAAUUUUAC